UCUUGUGGCCAGCGAAAGCUAGUGUGAGAGAGAGAGAGGAGCAAUGCUCAACCCUAUGAUCUCCUUUAUCCUGUUCUUUUUGCUAUCCUCGCCAUCCUUUCUCGCCUCCUGUGGAUCCGAGGCUGUUGAUCCUCGCCCGCGGGCGCUCCCGUCCUUCAAGAUCCAAGAAAUCAAGGAGGAGAUUGGGAGUGCGUGCUCCUACACCGUGAAGAUAAAGACCAGCUGCUCUUCCGGCCGCGUCACCUCGGACAGGAUCAGCCUUGCUUUCGGCGAUGCUUACCGCAACGAGGUAUAUGCACCAAGGUUGGAUGAUCCAUCAUCAGCAGUGUUUGAACGUUGCUCCACCGACACAUUCAAGAUCCAAGGGCCAUGUGGCUACGGAAUUUGCUACUUAUAUUUGCGACGAGAUGGUUAUGAUGGGUGGACACCGGAGUGGGUCAAGGUCUAUGAGCCCCGUGCUACCCGUGCCAUCACCUUCUACUACGGUACACCGCUCCCCAAUGGCAUCUGGUAUGGCUUCAACCAGUGCCCCAAAUCAUCCUCUUCUGACCGCAUGAUGCAGAUCUGAUGGUAAGGAUGUCAAACUUAGUAGAUAAUUCUGCAUAGCUGUCAAAAGUAUUACUACUACUGCAUGUUCACUAAAGACUAGGAUCAAUAUUUUGAUCUUUACACAUUACCAGUAUUAUCGCUAAAACCAGUCUCAGGAUUUCUAUUUGUCGUUAUGAAACACUUGCUUUAUAUACACAUGCUUAGUUAA